AUGAUAACUUUCUUGAAGAGAUUAACCAACAAAAAUACAUAAAUCAAUCAACCAGUUUUUAGAUUUUGUUCUGCUAACCCAAGCAACUCUCAAGUUUUAGGAGACUAUGUAAUCAAAUCUAAAAUGAGUGGACACUCUUCUGAAAAUUUAUAUGAGAAAUAUAAAAAUUUUUACAAUGUUCAAAUAGAAAAAAUCAACAUUCCUGGAACAACUAUUGUAAAAAAUAGAGACUAGGCUCACAAGGUUGUAAAAAUCUUAAAAAGCUUACCAAACAGAGAGCAUGCAUGGGAUACAGAAACUAUAGAUGUAGAUGCUAAAUUAGAAUCUCCUAUUGGAAAAGGAAAAAUUAUCUGCGCUUCAGCCUUUUGUGGAAUUGAUGUAGAUUUUGGAAAUGGUCCAAGGUUGUUUAUAGAUAAUUUUGCUCAAAACACUGACUUGAUUUAAAUUUUUAAAGAGUAUUUAGAAGAUUCUAGAUACAAAAAGAUUUGGCAUAAUUAUGGAUUUGAUCGUCAUAUUUUUUAUAAUCAUGGUAUUAAUGUCUAAGGAUUUGGAGGUGAUACUAUGCACUUGGCAAGAUUAGCAGAUCCAAGUAGAGGACCAAAAGAAUAUAGUUUAGCAAAUGUAACCAAGCAUUAUGAAGAAGAAAUAAAAUAUUUAAAGAGAUAAUUAAUUAAUGAUCUGAGAAAAAGCAUUUAAAUUAAUACAUAAGAACUUCAAAGUGUUUUAGCAGCACUUUAAAAAGGAGCAGAUUUACCUCAUGAAAUUAUUUAAAAAUUCAAACUUCAUAGAUUUAAUACAAGAGAUGAAUAAAUAUUCUUUAUAAAUGAUCAAAUACAAAAGUGGUUGAUCAAAAAAUAGCCUGCUGAUUAAUAUGAAAAAUACUACUUAAAUACAAACUUAAAAACAAAUAUGAAACAACUCUUUGGUAAAAAGAAAUACUUAAAAGAUGGAAAAGAAGGAAAAACUAUUGAAUUCCCAAAUACUAUUCGUAUGCACACAGAUCCAGAACUUCUAGAAAAAUGGGUUCAUUACUCAUGUUUGGAUGCUGAAAUCACCUUCUUUGUUUUUUAAGUAUUAAAAGACGAAUUAAAAAGUUUAAGCACCAACUUCGAAGACAUGAAAAAUAUGUUAGAUUUAUACAACAAGUACUGGAAACCUUUUGGAGAAAUAUUAACUGAUUUAGAAAGAAGAGGCUUUGAGCUAAAUUUGGAACAUUUGGAUAAAAUUAGAGUUUAAGCUGAGAAUGAUAUGAUUAAAUUGGAAAAACAAUUCUUAGAUUGGGUAUGCUCUACUCAAUAAGGAUUAGAAUAAUUUAAUUAUUCCUCUGCUCAGUAGCUUCAAUAAUUAUUUUUUGCACCUUUCAAGAGAAAGAAAAGAAUUACUAAGGAUAAAGUCGAUGCUAACUUGGAUGAUAAAGAAAAAAAAGAUCUUGAAGGAUUUAAAAGUUUUGAAGAGAAUAGUGCUGCUAUUGAUGAUGACGAACAGUUUUUCAAAUAAUAAUUUAAUGAACAAAAUGAAGAUUUGGAUGAAGACGAAGAUGAUGAUGAGCCAUAAAAAAAUAAAAGGCUUUUCAAAAAAGCAAAGCCACAAGAAGAUGAUGACGAUGGCUACCUUUCAGAUGGUCGUAAGAAAUCAGUCCGUAAAGAGGAAGAUGAUAUCCCUUAGACAAAAGCCUUUAAAGUCCUAAACAUAAAGGGAAUAAUCCCAGAAGGAAAGAAAAAACCCCCAAAACAACUAGAUAUGAAUAUCACAGGGCUCGGCCUAGAAGUAAUUAGUCUUACUGACUCUGGAAUGCCUGCAGCCGAUCUUCCAGUUUUAAAAAUCUUAGCAGGAAACCCAAAAAAAGGAAAUUAUGGUGCAAUAGGCGAAUAUUACAAACAAAAAGGAGAUGAAGAAAUGGGAAAAAGGGCUUCUCAUGCUAUUGAGUCUUUAAUUUAACUUAAAUAGGUAGAAACUCUUUUAACAACUUUUAUUAUUCCACUGAGAGAAUUAGCAGAUAAAGAUGGAAGAAUACACUGUUCACUGAAUAUGAAUACUGAAACAGGAAGAAUAUCAGCAAGAAAACCUAAUUUAAUGAAUUAACCCUCACAUGAUAAAGAUGUGUAUAAAAUUCGUAGUGCUUUCUAAGCUGGUAAAGGUAACAAGCUUAUUGUGGCUGAUUAUGGUCAAUUAGAACUUAGAAUUCUUGCUCAUAUGACAAAUUGUAAGGCAAUGAUUGAAGCCUUUAAAAUGGGUGGUGAUUUUCACAGUAGAACUGCUAUGGGUAUGUACCCUAAGCUAAAGGAGGAAAUAGAAAAGGGUGAGCUACUUUUAGAAUGGGAUAAAUCUCAAGGAGAACCCCCUGCACCGUUACUCAAAGAUAAGUACUCAAGUGAAAGAAAAAAAGCUAAGAUGAUGAAUUUCUCAAUAGCAUAUGGAAAGAGUGCACAUGGCUUUUCUAAAGAUUGGAACUGCUCUAUGAAAGAAGCAUAAGAAGCUCUAGAUGCUUGGUUUGCAGACAGAAAGGAAGUAAAAGAAUGGCAAGAAAACACUAAAAAAAUAGCCCUAGAACAUGGAUACACAUAGACAAUGAUGGGAAGAUAUAGAAAUUUAGAAAGGCUUACUCAUUCAAAGAGUGCUAGACAUCUUGUUUAACAUGGUUUAAGAGCCUCUAUAAAUACCCCAAUUUAAGGUGGUGCAGCAGAUUUAGUUAUUGCUGCAAUGGUAAAAGUAUCAUAAGACCCUAAGCUUAAUGAGCUAGGCUACAAGCUAUUGCUAUAAAUUCAUGAUGAAUUAAUCUUAGAAGGACCGGAAGAGCAUGCUUAAGAAGCAUUAGCAAGAGUUAUAGAAAUAAUGGAAAAUCCCUUAGAUACCCCAUUAUUGCUAAAGAUGGAAGUAGACGCUAAAGUUGGUAAUAAUUGGUAUGAGUGUAAAUGA